CACCACCGACGCUGACGCGGUGAUCACACCGUUCUAGUUAGUAGCGCCCCAUGGUCCAAACUCCCAUUACCUUAAAGAUAGAGAGUUGAGUUUUCCUUUCAAGAUUGAUUACUAGAGAGAGAGAGAGAGAGAGAGAGAGAGGAGAUCCAUCAAGUGGGGCCCGGGCCGGCUGACGAUGGAAGAUUUCAGAUCCAAAUCGUGGGGUGAUGGAAGGAUGGAGAUGGAGAGGUAUGGUGAUCAUGGCGGGAUGGGACCUACCACAUCUGGGAUCAGUGGUAUGCAAGAUCUCAGGUGCUACAGCGCUUCCUAUGCAACCUCGGCACACCCGAGCCAAACCCAGGUGGGAAAUGAUGCAAAGUUCAAGAAGGGGAAGUCGGCAAAUGGGUCUGCUUCUAAGAGCUGGAGCUUCAAUGACCCGGAGAUGCAGAGGAAGAAGAGGGUGGCAAGCUAUAAGGUGUACACGGUGGAAGGGAAGGUCAAAGGGUCUCUGAGGAAGACUUUCAGGUGGCUUAAGGACAGGUACUCCAGAAUGGUGCAUGGGUUGUAGUAACUUCUUGCUGUGUUUUUAGCUUCUUCAAUUCACCUUCUCUACUGCGUUCAACUACUAUUCGAGCUAUCUGAGUGGUUUGUUUAUUUAUUUAUGGACUGAAAAUAUUAGAAUUUUCCCAACAAAAAUUGUUGAUGAAUAAUUGUUGCAAUGCAUUGUAUAUUACUAUAUAUUAGUUAGGGUACGGUUUAGAAAUGAUUGAUUCUAACGAAGCCUUUUCAUUUUUCAA